AUGCAAAUGUUUGAAAUCAUCAUUUGUUAUCGUAAGCAUCUUAUUGCUGAUCAGAUUUAUGAGAUUAGAUUCACUGAUAAUGCUCUCACACUAACAAAUGUAAAUGAUCAUCUAAAAUCUCUAUAGCCCAAGAGACCUGAUACUCCUAAGUACAUCGUCCCAUUAAAUUGGUCCUCCUAAAUUUCAUGGCAACUUACACCAAAAGAAAAUGCUUUUGGCUUCUGGACAUCACCCAAAAAAUUUAAGUGGUUUCAUGUUAAACAAAGUGACUUACUCAUUUUAAAGAAGAUUCUUUCCAAGUUUGUUUCUUUCACUAAAGUAUAAGACUUUUAUGAAGCUACAGAACAUUUGGCGACUGGCAGCAACAGUCAAGUUUAUUAAGUUGUGAGGAAAAGUGAUAAAAGUGAUAAUUAUGUCACGAAAUGUAUUACUAAAGAGGCAAUUUAGAAUUCGGUUGAAAAAAUGAAUGGAAUUUUUGAUGAAUUAAAUAUCCUCAAACAGUUAAAUCAUCCUAAUCUGCCUCGCUUUGAAGAGUUCUAUGUUGGUGAUGGCACCUAUUAUAUAGUCUUAGAGUAUUGCAGGGGGCAAAGUUUAAAUUCAUACAUUAAAGAAUUAAAACAUUAAUUAAAUGUAAGAAUUAUUUAGAAUAUUCUUUGGGAAUUACUUCAGGGUGUUGCCUAUCUGCAUUCUCUAAAUAUAAUUCAUCGUGACAUAAAACCUGAGAAUAUUAUAUUAAAUAUUCAGGAAAAGAAAAUAGAUCUCAAAAUAGUCGACUUUGGUCUCUCUGUAAAACUAGAGCCCAAUAAAGAACUCAAGAAAUGCGGAACUCCAGGUUAUGUGGCUCCUGAGAUAAUAAAUCUAAAAAAUGGAAAAUAUGGUUUAGAGAGCGACAUUUUUUCUGUAGGAUGUGUAUUCUAUAAACUACUGUUGAGGAAGGAUUUAUUUUAUGGGGAAACUCAAAAUGAAAUCUUAUCAGCUAAUAGAAGAUGCCUAUGUAACAUUUAAAAUUUAUCAUUGAUCCAUAUCCCAAUAACUGCUUAAAAUUUACUAUCAGAAAUGUUGCAAGAAGAUCCUCGAUUGAGAAUCAAAGCUACAUCUGCCUUAUAACAUCACUUCUUUAGAGAAAAUUUUAGAAUCAGUACUCGGAAUAUUCCUCUUUUACUGUCCCAAGUGAGGGCUAGUUUUCAUACUUAAACAUCGAACACAAAACAACUACUUAGCGAUGAUGAUAUUCAUGUAGAGUAUUUCAAUAAUGAAUUACCUCCCAUUAAUCAAAUUCCAGUAUUUUUAGAUUAUCAUAAAAAUGGACAAAAAAUUACUUAAUAUCAAGAAAAUUUAAAUUCUUAAUCCACAGAUUCAAAAUUUUUAUUUCGAAAUGUCUCAAAAUCCACAGGUUGA